AUGCGACUGGACAAUGGCUUCAAUUGCCACAAGCACCUCGGCCUCAGGCUCCCCAGCCCUCUUCAAGCCGCCAACGGCGCACCGAACAAACUCUCUGGGCUGGGCGAAGUCCGACUGCCAUACGUGCCAAUCUUUGUCUCAGCGCUGCGAUCGAAGAAGACCUCGAAGCUGCAAUGGCAAGACCAACGGCGGAAGACUCGGCCCCAGAGACCUAGACAGACCAAAGCCACCAGCCCUGAGGACUAUGGAGGUUCUACUGAUACAAUAAGAUUUUCAUUCGUGCAAGAAGAUGGGAGACGAGAGACAAAGCGCAAGAGGACGCACAAGACACCGUCCCCCCACACACAGGAAGACUCAGCAGAAAUGCCGUCAUCGACGCCUGACGCAGGGUCAAGUCCGGAACGGAGAUAUAAGCCGGGGUUAGAGCUUGGUCCAGUGCUGUACAGUCACCAGCCCGACUACUUUCAGCUUCCGUUCUCCACCCUCGAGCAGAUUGCCUUUUUCACGUGGACGUUCAGUCCGGUCACUCUGACCUACGAUAUCAAGGCCAACCCGUGGCAAGCCUGCAUUCCCCAGAUCGAGCAAGCGCCCUUCCUCCUCGACGCGGUACGAGCGCUGGCAAUCAGGCAUCGAUCCCACCUAGAAGACACCCGGGAGAGCCUCUCGGUGCUGGAGCUCAAAGAUAAAGCGUUGUCUUCCUUUGCACAAUCAAUCGGCAUGGUGCCACUAGAAGUGGGAAUCUCAGCGUCACUGAUACUGAUUGGAAUCGAUUACACUGAGUCCGCAUUUGGAAAUUGGAUUGUUCACCUUCAGGGAGUCCACAGAAUGAUUGAAGCAGCUGGGGGCAUUCAGCUUGGAAAUGGCGAUAUGCAUCUUCGAGCUCAAAUCGCGCAAUUGGUUUGGUACGACACAAUCAUUGCUCUACUGUCGAGGAGACAGCCCGUCUUCCCACGAGAAUACAUUGAGUGUGUUUUAUCGUGGAAGAGUGAGUCGCAGUGGAGCUUUCUUGCACUCAACGGCUUCCCGGAUGCAGCGUUUCCGCACAUGUACGAGAUAGCCGAAGCCGCAGCACAUGCGUCUUCACUCUCAGAGGGCCAUGUGGCCGGCCUGGAGAUGAAACUCUGGCUCGCCCGCUUCGAGACCGAGCAGGGAACCACUGAUAAGGAUAUUGCGGCACUGACAGAUUGCUGGAGGUUGGGUCUACUUCUCUACUGCACUAGAGUGUUCCAUCGCGGUGAAGCGGCGAGACGGAAGGCUCGCGUGCUCGCCGAAGAAAUCAUGUGGCUCGUUCACGAUAUUCCUGCAGAUUCCAACAAACAGAAGCAAGCCCUGUUGCCGCUUUUCCUGGCAGCCAGCGAGAUGGAGUCAUUUCGUUUCCGUCGCAUUGCUGUGGAUUUCUGCGAGAGGUGGAAAAAGAGAUCUGGCAUUUGGCUUAAUCAGACCGCGAUGGAGCUCUUGGAAACCGUGUGGGCAGCAGUAGACGAGAAUCCCAACGGAGAUAUCUGGUGGGGUGAUUUUGUAAACCCUUCGCCGGAUUGCGGUUACUUGUUUGGAUGA